CCGAAGGCGGAAGCGGCGGCGGCAAUGGAGGCGCUGUGGGCGCUGCUGGACGAGGUGGCCCUGGAGGGGUUGGACGGGAUCACCCCGGCCGUGCUCUGGCAGCGCCUCACCGCCCGCUCCCCGCCCUUCCCGCUGCCCCUGGAGCCCGCAACGCAGCAGCUCCUCUGGGCCGCGCUCAGCGCGCAGCCCGACCUCCGCUUCUACCUCCUGCCGCGGCCGAGACCCCCGCUCCGCCUGCACGACCGAUAUGAAGAAAUUGACCUAGAAACAGGAAUAUUGGAAAGCAAAAAGGAUCCCAGUCCCUCAGAGGACAUUUAUCCCGUGCACAUGGUUCUGGAUAACAAGGAUGGCAUCCAGGGUUCCUGCCAGUAUUUUAGAGAGAGAGUAGAUAUCACUGGUCAGGUCAGGAGGAAGGACUUGCAGCCAUGUUACACUUACACAGAAGCUGCUGAAAAGUGGGGAGAGAAACUUGUGAUUGUGGCUUCCCAGGAGCAGAGGUACAGAGCCCUGAUAGGAUGGGAGGGAGAUCCUGACUUAAAGCUCCCUGACUUCUCCUACUGCAUCCUGGAACGUUUGGGUCGGGCCAGGUGGCAAGGAGAGCUUCAGAGGGACCUCCACAGUGAGGCUUUCAAAGUGGAUGCUGGAAAGCUUCAUUAUCACCGCAGAGUGUUGGACAGAAGUGGUCUCAUCACACUGCAGCCCCAUGUCAUCAGGCUGCCCAGUGGGGCCCAGCAGCACUCAAUUCUCCUGCUUCUGACCCGUUUUCAUGUUGACAGGAGGAGCAAAUAUAAUAUCCUGAUGGAGACACUCUCCAGUAUGCUCAGUGCUCGUUCAAACCAGAUGGAAACACUGGGAAACUUAAGGGAAGAACUGGGUCUUUGUGAGAGAACUUUCAAGCGUCUCUAUCAGUACAUGAUGAAUGCUGGGCUAGCCAAGGUUGUAUCCAUCCCACUCCAGGACAUACACCCCAAUGGAGGACCCUACAAAACAAAGAAAGGCAAUGAUGUCAUGGUCCGUUGCCUGAAAUUAGUGAAGGAAUUUCGGAAGAAAAUGGAAGAUUAUCAGGAUGAUGAUGAUGAGGAGAUCAUCACAAAAGCUGUUCAGCCUGUGGAUAUUGUCUGUGAAAGGGAUAUGCUUACCCAGGCUUAUCAGCUAAUUGAAAGCAGAGGAACCAAAGGGAUUUCCCAAGCAGAACUUCGCAUGGCUAUGAACGUGGGGAAGCUGGAAGCAAGGAUGCUCUGUCGCCUCCUGGAUAGGUACAAAGUUGUCAAGGGCUUCAUGGAGGAUGAAGGUCGGCAGAGAACAACCAAGUACAUUUCAUACAUUUUUGCAGAGGAAAGUGACUUAAGCCGUCAGUUUGAGAGAGAGAAGGCCAGGAGUGAGCACUUAGCUACUGUGACUUUGGCUCCAGUGCCUGAAGAUUCCCCACCUGGGGAAGAUGUGUCUCCUGGAGAAGAUGACACUUUGGUCUCAGAGUCUGACAAUGAAGAAGAAGGGCAAGAUGGCAAGAAGAGAGGGAAAGGUCAGAAGGCCAGUCCUGGCUCUCUGUUGAAAUUAAGUUUCCAAGAUGAUACCCACCAGGCAACACCACCUAAAGACUCAAAGCCAACAGCUGUGAAAUCUCAGGGGAAGAAGCUGCCUUCUCCUCAGAUUGUUGAAGAACCUGAUGAGCUUCCAGACAACAUUUCAGGAGAGAGUUCUACUUUGGAAGCUCUAAAGCAGGAGUCCAGUCUUUCCACCUGUGCUCAUUCCACUGAUGAAGAGGGGGGUGUUGCUGUGGUGGAGGAGGUCAGACUGGAAGACCCUAAGAAGAUUUGUGUCCAGAAGAAGAAAAAGCGUUCCAAAGCUCCAGCAGUGGAGAGAUCCCACGAAACCUACCGGCUGCUGAAGCGCCGCAACCUGAUCGUGGAAGCGGUGCGGAACCUGCGGCUGAUCGAGAGCUUGUUCACCCUUCAGAAAAUGGUCAUGGAUCAAGAGAAGCAAGAAGGAGUCUCCACCAAAUGCUGCAAGAAGUCCAUUGUACGACUGGUGCAGAAGCUCGCCCGAGAAGGACUCCUCAGGCUCUAUCGUACCACAGUCAUUCAAGAUGGCAUCAGCAAAAAGGUGGAGUUUGUUGUGCAUCCUUCAGUGAGCCCCAGUGACCCCCUGGUGAGGAGUGCCAUCGAGCAGGUGCGUUUCCGCAUCUCCAGUUCCAGCACUGCAACCAGGAUUAAAGUUCCUCAGACACCAACAUCCCAGGACCAGGCUGAUGAAGAAAAUCUGGGGCAAGACACAGCUCUUGAUUCAGGAGAAGCACAAGAAGGCUCAUGUAAAGCUGACAGUCGGGCAAGAAAAACUGAUGAAAAAAUGGGCAUAACACAGCUAAAGAACUAUCACCCUGUUACAGUUCCAGGACUUGGGCGUUCUCUUGGCUUUCUUCCCAAAAUGCCCCGUUUAAGAAUGGUCCACAUGUUCCUGUGGUACUUAAUUUAUGGACACCCUUUAAAUGGAACACAGCAAAAAGGAGGCAGUGACAGUGAGAAAAAAGGCAUGGAUGUGAACACAGCUGUACUGGAAGCACAACCAGAUGGAACCUUAGAAAUUACAGCUGUGAUGAAUCCUGAAACCUCUGCAGAUGAGACUGAAGUAGACUUGUCCAAUCAGACAGUGUAUGUGGAUGACACGUCCUGGAUGCGCUAUGUCCCUCCUCUCCCAGUUCACAGGGAGUUUGGAUCUGGAUGGGCUCUUGUUAGUGACAUUCUUCUCUGCUUGCCCCUGUCACUCUUCAUUCAGAUAGUCCAAGUCAGCUACAAGGUGGAUGGUCUGGAGGAUUUUUUAAAUGAUCCAGUAAAAAAGCACACUCUGAUCAGGUUUCUUCCAAGGUCAAUCCGACAGCAGCUCCUCUACAAAAGGAGGUACAUCUUUUCAGUGGUAGAAAACCUUCAAAGAUUGUGUUAUAUGGGACUGAUACAGUUUGGCCCAACAGAGAAGUUUCAAGACAAAGACCAGGUCUUUGUGUACAUGAAGAGGAAUGCUGUGAUUGUUGACACCACAGUCUGUGACCCUCACUACAACCUGGCUCAAAGCAGCCGCCCCUUUGAGCGCCGCGUUUACCUUCUCAGCACCAUGCAGGACGUGGAAAACUUCUGGUUUGACUUGCAGUGUGUCUGCCUGAACACACCCCUGGGAGUUGUUCGCUGCCCUCGUUCAAAGAGAAGUAACCUGCAGGGAGAGGAGACUGCCCUGGAAAUGGAACAGGAGUCAGCAGUGGAUAAACACAACCUGGAAAGGAAGUGUGCCAUGCUGGAAUAUACCACAGGCAGCCGAGAGGUGGUUGAUGAUGGAACUAUCCCUGGAGAUGGCUUAGGAGCUGCAGGUCUGGAUUCCAGUUUUUAUGGGCAUCUGAAACGCAACUGGAUCUGGACAAGCUACAUCAUUGAUAAGACCAGAAAGGAAAGUCCAGGUUCUGAAAAUGGGCUGACAAUGAGACUCCAAACCUUCUUAACAAAGCAUCUCCUGCCACUGAGCACUGGAGGUAAUAAAAUUAAUAUUUUGGGAGAAGGAAAGGUAGAAUCUGAGUCACUUGUCCAGAAAGAGGAAUGCAUUGAAAUAAGUAAGGAACCAACCCAGGAUCGAACCGAACGAGUGAGAGGUGGAAAAAGCCAAAAGAGGAAGAAGCUGAGGAAGGACACUGGAAAGAAGACAAAGAAGAAGAAGAAAGAGGAGGAUUGUGUAGAAAAAAGCAAACGACUGAGGUACCACGAUAAAGCUGACCAGAGUGCCCUGCAGAGGAUGACACGGCUGCGUGUCACCUGGACAGUGCAGGAGGACAGUCUGCUCAUGCUCUGCCGCAUCGCCAGCCACGUGCUGAACGCAAAGGUGAAAGGACCCUUUGUUCCAUGGCAAGUGGUGCGGGACGUCAUGCACGCCACCUUCGAGGAGUCUCUGGAUAAAACUUCCCAUUCUGUUGGAAGAAGAGCUCGUUGUAUUGUCAAGAAUCCCCAGACCUACCUUAAUUAUAAAGUCUGCCUUGCUGAGGUUUACCAGGAUAAAGCUCUCAUUGAAGAUUUCAUGAACAGAGAAAAUAAUUAUGAAGAUCCCCAGGUAGGAGGCAGGCAGGCAGGCAUUUUAAAGGUCUGUGCAAAGGAGUUUAAAGAGUUUGUAGAAAGACUGAAAGAGAAAUUCAGUUCAACCCUGGGGAAUCCCAAACUUGAGAUUCCUGAUACUUUGCAGGAACUGUUUUCCAGAUUUCGAGUUCUGGCUAUUGGAGAAGACACAAAUCAAACCACAAAAGAAGACAGUCUGAGCAGUAUCUAUGAUAUUCAUUUCCUAGUGCUACAGAAUUUGAUUCAGAGCACUCUGGCACUCUCAGAUAACCAGAUGAAAACUUGCCAGUCAUUUCAGACAUUCCGUUUGUACCGGGAGUACCAGGAUGACAUCCUUGUGAAGGCUUUCCUGGAAUGCCAGAAGAGGAGCCUGGUCAAUCGCCGGCGAGUAAACCACACGCUGGGACCCAAGAAAAGGAGAGCUUUGCCUUUUGUACCCAUGUCCUACCAGCUCUCUCAGGGUUACUACAGAGUUUUUACGUGGAGGUUUCCAAGUACAAUUUGCACUGAGUCCUUUCAAUUCUUCAUGAAGCUUAAGGAUGCUGAAAGAUCUGACCAGCCAGAUAAAUUCUCCUUUAAAGAUGAAGAUAAGCAAGCACCAGAAGGAAUGAUUGCAUUUCCUAUGGAUGGACCUGGGGGCCAGUGUGUGGCAAUGCUUUCCCUCAUCUCCCUGGGACUUGUGUCUGUGAAUGUGAGAAUCCCAGAGCAGAUAGUCGUGGUGGACAGCACUAUGGUGGAAAAUGAAGUCAUCAAAAGUUUGGGAAAAGAAGGCCUUGAGGAUGAGGAUGAUGAUGAUGAUGAUUUAGAUGACAGCUCUGGAGCCAAACGGAGAAUAGAAAUAAAAUCUCGUCAGGCUUCUCACACCAAUUUCUUACUGAUGAGAGGUUACUAUGCCCCUGGAAUUGUCAGCACCAGGAGUCUGAGCCCCAGUGACAAUAUUGUGGUCAACUCCUGCCAGGUGAAGGUUAAGCUGAGAUGUACACCAGCUCCAGGAAGACUCAGCUCUCCAGUUCCUUCUCUGCUUGAUAACCUGACUGUGGGAGUCUCCUGCCUCCCAGAAACUUUUACCAGGGUAAUAAAAGUCCAAGAAGAAAACUACAAAGUUGAUUGGUUUGUUCAUCAGUGUACAGAACACUAUUGCUAUAAUCCCAGGGAUGUGACUGCUGGGCUGGAGAUCCGUGAUGCCAUAGAGGCAACUUCCCACUUUGGAAUCUGCAAAGCUGAGCUGGCCAAACGUUUCUGCACCUAUGAAGAGGUGGGACCUGAAAGGACCAGGAGCUUGGAGCAGUACAUCCAGGACCUUAUUGAAAUGCAGCAGGUCUUAGAAGUAGGAGGCCAUACAGUAAGGCUGGUGGCAAUCAUAUUUGCCAAGCCAUGGCUAUUACAUUCAGUAUGUCUGAAGAAUAAACCAGAUGAUUCUGACCAGCAAGGUGCAGACAGCACUCUCCCAGAUGUACACCAGGACUGCCUGCCCCCAGAUGCAAAGGGAGAAGAAGCUCUGAGAGAGGAGGAGCAGCUGGGAAAAGACCCACAGUCUGUCAGUGAUGAAGAACCCCCCAGGAAGAGAUGCAAGACCCAAAAUGAUGUCCUUCAGGAGGACAGUCAGCUCUGCCAGGGGUCACAAGAUGGAACUUUGGAAAGUCCAAAUGAAAUGAACUUUCCUAAGGGUGUGUCUGCUCCUGUCACAGUGGAAGAAGCUGUAGUUGUGGAUGAAGAAAGAGGCUCCCUGGGAGAGCAGACAGAACACCAAGCUGAACACCCAGUGGGUGCUGUGGAUGUGGACACGUGCAAGGAACAAGAUAAAUCUUCUGAGAACAAUGAGCUUGAAGAAGAGAAUGAUGAGCACAGCACUGAGCACACCAAGCAGAUCCCCACUCUUGAGCAAUCAGCCAGUGAGCAGGAUGAUGAUCUUUCCUACUUACAGGAGAACCCAGGUGUGUCUAAAGGAAGUUCUACAAGGGAGAUAUCCCAGGCAGCCAGGGAGCGGGCCUGUGAGAAUGUCUGCUUCAUCGGGAGGCCCUGGAGGAUCGUGGAUGGGAAUCUGAACAAGCCUGUGUGUAAGGGGAUGAUGGAAGCUGUGCUCUACCACGUCAUGACCAAGCCAGGCAUCCCAGAGGCCACGCUGGUGCAGCACUAUGAGGGGGUGCUGCAGCCUGUUGCUGUCCUGGAGAUCCUGCAGGGUCUGGAAGCUGUUGGUUGCAUCAAACGAUUCUACAUGAAAAAGCCAUCCCUGGUGUCACUCUUUUCUCAGCCAGUUGUGGAAGAACAACUCAACAACCCCAAACUGAGUGAAACUCCAACAGUCUACUACGAGCCUACAAUAGACUGCACUCUGAGGUUGGGGAGAGUGUUCCCCUCUGAAGUGAACUGGAAUAAAUGGGUGCAGAUUAUCCCUGCAUGAAAGAGGCAAAGGCAAGUCCUACUGAAGUGUUUUAGCCUGUGGGAGUGAGCAUUACAAUUUCUGCUCCCUCAUGUUUUUAUUAAGUUAUUUAUCCUUCUUACUUUUGAAUGUAUUUAAACCAAAAAUAAAGCCAAACAUUGACACAAGGUAGUA